AUGACAAUACCAGCAGAUUUAAACAUGGUGCAAAGAUGCGAAGAGAUUCGCGCCCUUCUCGCUUUUGAAAGACCAGAAAAUCCUGAAACCAAUGAAAUUGAAUGGCAAUCCUUUCUUCACAAACGCCACGAUUCAUAUACCAAGUUCCCAUAUGAUAGUGAUGAUGAAGACGAAGAUGCGAAAACUCAGGAACGGCAAUCAUACUCUAACUCAGAUGCAAAGCCAGAAAAGAAUUCAUUCUUACGAUUAACUGAAGCACUUCCGGCACUUCCGGCACCUCCACAAGCCAAACCCGUGAAAAAGAUAAACUCAUCUUCUGAAGAUACAGACGCAGAAACAGAAACAAUCAAUACCCGUCUCCAUACCACUCUUACACAGUCUUCCCUCCCAAUCCACACACUUCAAUCCUGCUUUAACUCCGAACUCACAUUACUCACGUCUCGAUACUCGGAGUUCUCUUCUUCGAAUCCAAAUUCAGCGCAGAGAAAAAAUGGAGAGAAGGUACCAUUAAAUUCGCAUGGGGAUACGUAUGAAUUAAUCGGUGACACAUUAUCUCUCUGUGCAUUUUUCCUCACAUUCCCAAACCUUGAAAGUGACGGGAUGGAAUUUGCGGAAUUGUUGAAAAAUGGAUUCUGGUUUGCUGUCCCACACCACAACCUCUUCUCCCCUCCUCCAACUCUUUUCUGUUCGUCUUCUUUCGUUAACACUUCACCUUUUUCAUCCGAUGGGACUACCUGGUCCUGGGACUCCGGAAACACCAGCACAGGAUAG